ACGUUAGGUUGCGGGAGGUCCCCGCAUGCCGAUGCAUUGGAGGAUAACGUUUUGACGGGUGACAUGCAAUGAGGCUUACCGGAGGUCCCGUGCAUAUUAUGCUAGAAUCAAGAACUAGCGCGCGAUGAAGUCGUACUGGUUUCGGUACUGGUGGAAACGCGGAUUGUGACAUAUGAUUUGGUAUGUUGUCGAUUGGCCGUUGUCUGCUCACACUCUAUGAUUUGAACUGGCUUGGUCUUCCCUGCCAUUGCUAAGUACAUACAUGUACCAUAACGGACAAGCUUUCAGAUUAGCGUCCAUUUUGGAAUGGAGCUCUUUAGAUUUAUUUAACACAUCGACGUAGUCAUUAACAUUGCUGGAAAGCACUCUCUUGGUUUCCUGGUCACUGACAUUGGUAUCGCGUAUUCGCGUUCCGCUCUAUGCAACUUUUCAUAACUCGUGAACGAUGAGCAGCCCAUUAGUGGAUAACGACGGGGAGGCUAAUAGCUAUGAGCAAGUGGUGGAGACUGUGGACUAUGAAAUUAUACCCUUCGCGAAAGCCAGGACGUUGAGUCGGCGAAUGUUCUUUGGGGGCUUCUGCUUCCUCCCUCUCCUGUGGGCUGUCAACGUUUGGCUCUUUUGGCCAGAUUUCCGCUCUCCACGUGGAGACCCUGUCAUAAAGCGAUACACGCAGCGUUCCGCCAUUUUUUUCAUCAUUUUGACAGUGCUAUUCCUUCCGUGGUUGCUAUUUUAUCCGAUUGCUGGCAAGCGCCUGCUUUCUAGCAAGGUCUAUAGGGCCUUGGACGCAGCAGCCCUGGACCUCGCGAGCUAUGGGAUAGGUACCGGCAUCUAAGGAUGUUUCUUUUGAACUGGAGUUCCUCUCUCAUGGAACACGCUGUCCCACGAAGAGGACGGGUAAUAGGGCACGGACUUGCGUACAGCCGGGUUGACCAGGUGACUCGUCGGUUUUUGAUAGCCUUGAAGCGAGGUUGUAAGAGGGGUGUAAGAAGAAGCAUAGGCGUGUAAGAGGGAUGCUCUGUGGGUUCCAUAGGGCAGGAUGGCGGUUGGGCCCACUGUCUGCCGGGAAGUCUCCCGACAUUACCCGGCAACAAGGCCCCAUCCAGUGGGGUGAACUUACAUUAGUUGCAGGAUGCUGGAUUGCUUUUAGGCUGUUGUACAGGUGGAGCAAGAGCAAGUGUGGGUGAUUACCCAAAGCUUACACAGAGCCUGGCAUAAUGAUGGAUGUGGUGCUGCGCCUUCCAGUCACUACCACUACGCAUAGUUUGAGGACAGACUGUUUGGCACAAAAAUAAUGGAUGACGGAAUUUUAAAUAGCCAUUGGGCUC